CGCAGUGGCACCAGCCUUCCACCAGGGAGCCUCGAACGAGCUCUCCCGCCCUCUCCCCGCCCCCCCCCACCCCCAUCUGCAGCUUGCUGGCUCUCUCUUUCUCCCUCUCUGUCUCACUCUCUCUCUUUCUCUCCCUCUCCUAUCGGAGCACAAUGAAAGCCUGUGUAUCGCCGUGACUCCGGGCGGGAGCCAGUGUCAGCAAAGCGGCUAACAACAGACGAGAAAGAGAAAGGAAAAUACAAGCUACUUUUUUUUUUUUUUUUUUAAAUCCAUAAAGCGGAGCGAAUACAGGAGAUAGAACCACAUUGCUUAUUGCGAGUCCAGACCCUCAGAUCCACUGGCCGGGGAUGGAAUGUACAAAAGUGGACAGAAAAGUGGCUGGACAUGACUCGGUGCAAUUUGCUGGAAGUUUGUAAGUUUGACCAUCGUUUGUAAAUUACUCUCGGAAGAGUUUGUCUCUCUUGAUACUGUAUUAGAAUAGAGCCGGGGGUGAGGAAUAGAAACGUAAGCGGGAAAGAAAAAAAUGUAUUGAAGGAUCUCUCUCAGUGGCUAGCGACUUAAGAUUGCUUUUCAUUUAAGGCUAGGAAACCUUAGAGGGAGUGAGGAUUUUACCGGUGAUUGGAUUAGCUGAAGAAAAAAGCAUGGUCCAAAAGUCCAAUUACUGACAUUGUUAACAGUUGAAAAGCUGUCUCCCUCUUUUGGGAGAAGACAACAUCCUACAGUAUCCCCAAAGAGGAGAAAACACCGGAGCGAAAGGAAAGGGAGGAAAAAUUAAAAGCCAAAAGACAGUCUCCCUUGAUUUUUGCACAUUUUGAACAGUGACUUAAACAUCUUCUGAAACAGCACUGUUUUGUUUUGUUUUGGUUUUUUAUUUAACCUGAGGAAAAGUCAAGGCUGCCGGUUACAUAGACAUGGUAGAAAUGUGUUUCUCUGCAGAAACAUCCCCAUAAAGAAUUGUCGGAAACAACUAGGUGAGGGGGAGUCCUCUCUAUUAAUACCUCUCUCAAUUCCUUUUGCUGUGUGUUUCUGUCUCUUGCUGGACAAUCCCUGAAUUCUUGAUCUAACCCCCAGAUUGUGUGUUUACGAAGUACCUAGUGGCUCUUAUCAGCUUGGUGGGGGAAAAAAAAUCCACCAACUCUGUCCAACUUCUCCAGAGCUGUCAAAUGCAAUUAGAGUAAGUUAAUCAGGGUUUGUUUCCAACUUAUCCUCCCCCCAGUUGAUUUCUAUUCUUUCUCCCCACCCUCUUUUUACUAACUCCCCUCCCCCACACCUUCUCCACGGCUCCCCCACAACCUCUGAAGACCUCUAUUCAUGUGGCCCUGAACACUGAGCUCACAUUGUCAAAAACAGACUUGCCUGCAAUAGCCAGCAGUAGCCUCUUUCCACCUCACCAUCCCAGAGGCAGCAAUCAUUGUGUCCAGUAAGAUGGGGGACACAGCGCCCCCGCAGGCCCCCGCAGGAGGGCUAGGGGGGGCCUCUGGGGCGGGGCUCCUUGGAGGGGGCUCAGUCACCCCGAGAGUGCACAGUGCUAUCGUGGAGCGCCUCCGGGCUCGGAUCGCUGUCUGCCGCCAACACCACCUGAGCUGUGAAGGACGCUAUGAACGAGGUAGGGCCGAGAGCUCAGACCGGGAAAGAGAGAGCACCUUGCAACUCCUGAGCCUUGUACAGCAUGGCCAGGGGGCAAGGAAGGCUGGCAAACACACCAAGGCCACCGCCACUGCUGCCACCACUACAGCCCCUCCACCGCCCCCUGCUGCCCCUCCUGCGGCCUCCCAAGCAGCAGCAACAGCAGCCCCACCGCCCCCACCAGACUAUCACCAUCACCACCAGCAGCACCUGCUGAACAGUAGCAAUAAUGGUGGCAGUGGUGGGAUAAACGGAGAGCAGCAGCCACCUGCUUCAACCCCAGGGGACCAGAGGAACUCAGCCCUGAUUGCGCUCCAGGGUUCCUUGAAAAGAAAACAGGUAGUUAACCUAUCUCCUGCCAACAGCAAGCGACCCAAUGGCUUUGUGGACAACUCAUUUCUUGAUAUCAAAAGAAUUCGUGUUGGGGAGAAUCUCACUGCAGGACAAGGUGGCCUCCAAAUAAACAAUGGACAAAGUCAGAUUAUGUCAGGGACCUUGCCUAUGAGCCAAGCACCCCUGCGAAAGACUAACACUCUCCCAUCCCAUACACAUUCUCCUGGCAAUGGCCUGUUUAACAUGGGCUUAAAGGAGGUAAAGAAGGAGCCAGGAGAGACUCUGUCGUGCAGUAAGCACAUGGAUGGCCAAAUGACCCAAGAGAAUAUUUUUCCUAAUAGGUAUGGAGACGACCCUGGAGAACAACUGAUGGAUCCUGAGCUGCAGGAACUCUUCAAUGAACUGACCAACAUAUCUGUGCCUCCCAUGAGUGACCUUGAACUGGAGAACAUGAUCAAUGCCACCAUAAAGCAGGAUGACCCAUUUAACAUUGACUUGGGUCAGCAAAGCCAGAGGAGCACACCUAGGCCCUCCUUACCCAUGGAGAAAAUAGUGAUCAAAAGUGAAUACUCACCAGGCCUGACUCAAGGCCCCUCAGGCUCUCCUCAGCUGAGGCCCCCAUCAGCUGGCCCCGCAUUCUCCAUGGCCAACUCUGCCCUCUCCACUUCAUCUCCAAUCCCUUCAGUCCCUCAGAGCCAGGCUCAGCCUCAGACAGGCUCAGGAGCAAAUCGGGCCCUGCCAAGCUGGCAGGAAGUAUCCCAUGCCCAGCAGCUCAAACAGAUAGCUGCCAAUCGUCAGCAGCAUGCCCGGAUGCAGCAGCACCAGCAGCAGCACCAGCCUACCAACUGGUCAGCCUUGCCCUCUUCUGCUGGACCAUCACCAGGUCCAUUUGGGCAGGAGAAAAUCCCCAGCCCUUCUUUUGGUCAGCAGACAUUCAGCCCACAGAGCUCCCCCAUGUCUGGGGUAGCUGGUGGCAGCGGCCAGUCGAAAGUAAUGGCUAACUACAUGUACAAGGCUGGCCCCUCAGCCCAGGGUGGGCACCUGGAUGUGCUCAUGCAGCAAAAGCCUCAGGAUCUCAGUCGAAGUUUUAUUAACAACCCGCACCCAGCCAUGGAGCCCCGUCAGGGCAACACCAAGCCUUUGUUUCAUUUUAACUCAGAUCAAGCAAACCAGCAGAUGCCUUCUGUUUUGCCUUCUCAGAACAAGCCUUCUCUCCUACACUACACCCAGCAACAGCAGCAGCAGCAGCAGCAGCAACAGCAGCAGCAACAACAGCAACAGCAGCAGCAGCAGCAACAGCAACAGCAGAGUUCAAUUUCAGCUCAACAACAGCAACAGCAACAGCAGCAGAGCUCGAUUUCAGCCCAACAACAGCAGCAGCAGCAACAACAACAACAACAGCAGCAACAACAGCAGCAGCAACAGCAGCAGCAGCAGCAACAACCAUCUUCUCAGCCCGCCCAAUCUCUACCAAGCCAGCCUUUGCUAAGGUCACCUUUGCCACUUCAGCAAAAGCUCCUACUUCAGCAAAUGCAGAAUCAGCCCAUUGCAGGAAUGGGAUACCAAGUCUCCCAACAGCAGAGACAGGAUCAACACUCUGUGGUAGGCCAGAACACAGGCCCCAGUCCAAGUCCCAACCCCUGCUCAAAUCCAAACACUGGAAGUGGUUACAUGAACUCCCAGCAAUCACUGUUGAAUCAGCAAUUGAUGGGAAAGAAGCAGACUCUACAGAGGCAGAUCAUGGAGCAGAAACAGCAGCUUCUUCUCCAGCAGCAGAUGCUGGCUGAUGCGGAGAAAAUUGCUCCACAAGAUCAGAUAAACCGACAUUUGUCAAGGCCACCUCCGGAUUAUAAAGACCAAAGAAGAAAUGUGGGCAAUAUGCAACCAACUGCUCAGUAUUCUGGUGGCUCAUCCACAAUAAGCUUAAACUCUAACCAGGCUUUGGCAAACCCAGUUUCAACACACACCAUUUUAACUUCCAAUUCCAGCCUCCUGUCUACUUCUCAUGGGACAAGAAUGCCAUCAUUAUCUACAGCAGUUCAGAACAUAGGGAUGUAUGGAAGUCUGCCUUGUAAUCAACCUACCACAUACAGUGUCACUUCAGGAAUGAAUCAAUUGACCCAACAGAGAAACCCAAAGCAAUUGAUAGCAAAUCAAAACAACCCUAUGAUGCCACGGCCACCUACCUUAGGGCCAGGUAAUAAUAACAAUGUAGCCACUUUUGGAGCUGGAUCUGUUGGCAAUUCACAACAACUGAGACCAAAUUUAACCCAUAGUAUGGCAAGCAUGCCACCACAGAGAACAUCAAACGUAAUGAUCACAUCCAACACAAGUGCACCAAACUGGGCCUCUCAAGAAGCAACAACCAAACAGCAAGAAGCCCUGACAUCUGCAGGAGUCCGCUUCCCCACAGGGACACCUGCAGCCUAUACCCCAAAUCAGCCAUUGCAACAGGCAGUAGGUAGCCAGCAAUUUUCCCAGAGGGCAGUGGCUCCUCCUAACCAGUUAACACCAGCAGUGCAAAUGAGACCCAUGAACCAAAUGAGCCAAACACUAAAUGGACAAACCAUGGGUCCCCUCAGGGGUCUGAAUCUCAGACCCAAUCAGCUAAGCACACAGAUUUUGCCUAAUAUGAAUCAGUCAGGAACAGGGUUGAAUCAAUCGAGGACGGGCAUCAACCAGCCGCCAUCCCUGACGCCCAGCAAUUUUCCUUCACCCAACCAAAGUUCCAGGGCUUUUCAAGGAACUGACCACAGCAGUGACUUAGCUUUUGACUUCCUCAGCCAACAAACUGAUAACAUGGGCCCUGCCCUAAACAGCGAUGCUGAUUUCAUUGAUUCUUUAUUGAAGACAGAGCCUGGUAAUGAUGACUGGAUGAAAGACAUCAAUCUUGAUGAAAUCUUGGGGAACAAUUCCUGAAGAAGAAAGGGGAAACAAUUUCCAAACUCCAAGCACUAAAAGGCAGUAUUUUACAGAAACUCUGUAGAGGCUGAACUGUUGAUGUUCAGGUAGACUACGUGAAGAUGACAUGCUUAAAAAUGGAAAGCAGAAAGUAACUGCAGUGAUGAACAUGUUGGUCCAAAUUCUUGUUUUAAAUCUUACACCCGAAAGUAAAACAUUGGGAUCACUUUUCCCUGUCUAAACUCCAGGACACAGUAUCCAAUUUAUCCAAACAGAACUGUGGUGUCAAUGUGUAAUUAAUUGUGUAAAAUAGCCUUCCCAACCAACUUCCUUUUUCCCUGGAAAAAAAAAGAGGUAAUAGAACUUGUAGUUUAUUUAAACCCCAUGUCAUGAGGAGGUACUAGUUCCAAGCAACAAACUCCUUAAUUUGCUCUAAUAGAUAGGUAUGGUUUAAUCUUUCCAUUGUGUCUUUUCAUUUAAUUUUCCCGAAGCUUGCAGGAUAGAUUGAAAUAUUAUAGGUUUGUUUGGAGUAACCAAACAGUGUGCUAAUUAAGAAAAAGUCAGAGAACCUAGAAAACAUCUAGUGGAUUACAGAAUUUCUUCCCCAGAUUCACUCCUCACUUUUACAAUUUUCCCACAAUCCUCUACUUCAGUGAGAUGCUGUGUUUAGUGAUUAAACAAAAAUAUAGAGCUGUACAAUUUGAUUUUGGCUUCCACAACCAACAUCUGAAUCCAUUCCAAAUGAAAUUUUAGAUAUAACAAAGGCUUGUCCUAAUCAUACUGAAAUAUUGGUGCACACCUCUCUGCACUGGAUUUAACUUUUUUUAAAAAAAACCACUGGACAUUGCUAUAAAUGAGAUUUAUUUGGCUACAAAUAACCUGGGAUGUUUCUUAUUAUGAUUGAUGCCUGCUGGUUUGUUCCCAAGCUAAGUAAAAUUGAGCCUCAUCCUCCCUACUCAUUUUGAUGACUGAGGCUGGCUUACAAGGAAAGGAAGUUUGGAGAUUAAAACCGAGAUUAGAAAGUAUCAUGUUUUGGUUGGAGAUAAGAACCAGGGGAGGCAAGUACCAGUGUGUACAAAUUUAUUUCACGGAAUUUGAAGGAAAACAUAAUCAAGAGGGAAAACAAUUUGUCCUUCAUUGGACAUAUUAUUUGGAUUUGGGUGAACAGCGAAAUGGAAUGUGGUCUGUUAGGAGCGUUCCGUUCGUUCUUCUGUCCCUGAUGUGAUGAAUCAUUGCCACAUGCUAGUUGGACUCUUCAUAUCCAGGUUUUGUCCCUCAGGGCUGAGCACUAUAUCAAAGAGUUUUUGUUGAGUCAUUUAACCUCAGUGCCCACAUACAGAUCAGCUGUAAAAUGGGGAAGAUGUGUGCUGAUUUGGAAUGAAUGCAAAAUAUCACUAUCAUUUUCCUAAUUACAGAGGAGCAAAGGUUAUCUUCAGCCCUUUCAGUUAUACGCUCACAUAUUCAAAUAUCAAAUGUAAUUUAGCUGAAGUUAUUUAAUAACCAAGUCUUCAAUAUCUGUUCAAA